GUCCGAUGCGCGUGAUUUUUUCCAGCUGUCGAUUCAAGAACCGCCUAUCAUUUGGGUGCCUCCUGCAGCAGCAGAGGCGGGCCAAGGAGAUGUGGGGGCGGAGGCGGAGAUAACGACGAACACCGUGGUUUAAAUUGUCCAUAGAACAUUAUCACGCCCUCGAACCAUCUUCCCUUGUUUUUUUUUUUUUCCUUUCUUUUUCGUUCUCCUCACUGGGUGCCGCGAAGAAGCCAUCUCUCUAAAUCGGCCUUCCACGCUUCUCCCCCUUCCUUCUCUCAGCCAACCCGCGAGGUCGAGGUCGAGGUCGCGUCAAGGAAGAGCGACGCCUCCACGAAGAUCCGUGUCGACCCCGCGUUCGCGUUCGCCUUAUUUAAAGAAAGGGAGGGAGGAGCCCACCGGAAGGCCAUAUAAAAGCUACGGUUUAUUUCACUCUUUCCCCGCCAUAAACGAGGUUCUUUAUAGAAAUAGGAAGAAGAGAAGAGAAGCCCUGUUGCAUCGGGAUUUUUCAUUUAGUUAAAUUUAAUUUCGUCAGCCUAACCGACGGACCUGCCGAUCUCCAUCUCCUCCGAGCUCUCGAUCGGGGGAACAUCACCGACGUCCAGGCUCUUUGAUUUCGAGCAGGAAGUCGCUUCCGAUUCCGCCGCCCGAUCCGCCAUUGGAGCGGCUUUUAUAGGCGAUCGGAGGCCUCUCGAUAGGAAUCAGCGAUAUCCGCCCCCGAGUGUGGGGUUCGAAGACCGUCUCGUUUCGUGGCGAGAAAGAAAAUUUCGCCGGAGGGGGGAGCAAGAUGUCCCGAAUAAGCGUUGGAUGCUGAAAGACUAUGGAAGUGCGUGCCCUUGGCGGAGAUGACGCUUUACAUUGCUCGCGAGGGUUCCAAGCUAUGGAGGAAGAUUUGCAUCGAGACAUCGGUAGAACUUCAACUUCUUCUGGAGAAGUGGAAGCUUCUGCUUGCAGGACUCGUCUUUCAGUAUAUUCAUGGGUUGGCUGCUCGAGGAGUUCAUUAUUUACACAGACCUGGACCAAUUCUACAAGAUCUUGGAUUUAUGUUCCUUCCAGAGCUUGGAAAAGAAAGAGGGUACAUCAGUGAGAGCGUAUUCACCUUUAUCUUUUUAUCCUUUGUGCUGUGGACAUUUCAUCCUUUUGUCUAUCACAGCAAACGCUUUUACACCGUCCUACUCUGGUGCAGAGUGUUGGCAUUUCUAGUUGCUUCUCAGGUUUUACGGAUCAUCACAUUCUAUUCCACCCAACUUCCUGGUCCUAACUAUCAUUGCCGUGAGGGUUCAGAGCUUGCCAGACUGCCUCCACCACGUAAUAUACUUGAAGUGCUUCUCAUUAACUUUCCUCGAGGAGUCAUUUAUGGUUGUGGUGAUCUGAUAUUUUCCUCGCAUAUGAUAUUUACUCUGGUGUUUGUCCGUACAUACCAUAAGUAUGGUUCUAAAAGGUUUGUCAAGCUGCUUGGCUGGUUAUUGGCCAUCUCUCAGAGUCUUCUUAUAGUAGCUUCACGCAAGCAUUACACAGUAGAUGUUGUUGUUGCAUGGUAUACUGUUAAUUUGGUGGUAUUCUUUGUUGAUAAGAAACUUCCAGAAAUGCCAGAUCGUACUGGUGGAUCCCUGCAAUUGCUACCCUUGAGUGUCAAAGAAAAGGACAGCAGAUUCAAAGAAGAGAACCACAAGCUACUGAACGGGACUUCAGGGGACGCUACUGAUUGGAGACAGAGGCCACAAGUAAAUGGGAAGCAUGCUGACGAUGGGAACCAUGCCCAUUCCGAAGCAACUUUGAGUGGUACAUAGGUAAUGUUGGAUGCCAUUGCUAUUGUGGCUGUUUUUUCUCAAAGGAGAACCAGCCGAAGGGAAGGAGGUGCCUCUUAUCUCUGUAGGUUAAAAAAGUCUCGCUCCCAUCACCAUAUGUAGUAGGGUAGGUUAGUAGCUGAGCCGCAUGGGUCCUCCGUUUGUAACUCAACGAGGAACCGAAUCCUGGCUACAGUUGACAAGGAAUUUGCUUCUUUCAAGAUGUGUGUGGAUAUGUAUCUGCAUGUGUAUUCUCUUGUAAAUCUGUUCUCUCCUGAAGAGCAGGCAUAGGGAAAAUGGUGCAGAAAUAAUUGUUGCUUUUUUGAUCUUUGAGACUGGUUAACUGGGGAUUUUUUAUUGUGUGUUCUGGCAUCUGGGUAACUGCCCAUGUGUUGUAAAAACUCCAAAAACUUAUUUCUAGCUUCGUGGGAAGUCUGGCUGGCAUCGCGUGCCCUGGUCUCUAGUGCAGGGCCCUUUA